AUGAGAACAUCUAGCGUGUCAAGUGAAAUAUCUGGCCUUUCAAGUACAUUUGGUCACUUUACUACCAAAACUGGCCCUUCAGGUACAACAUCUAGCCGUUUUACUAUCACAUCUGAUCCCCCUUCUUCCACAUCUUCUACUUUUAGUAGCACAUCUGGGUUUUCCACAUCUGCCUCUGCUAGUACAACAUCCGACUCCUUUACUACAACAUUUGGGAAGACAACAUCUGGACCUUUUACUUCAACAUUUGGCUCAUCCAGCACCACAUCUGGCCCAACAAAUACAAUGUCUGGUCUGUCAACUGCAACAUCUGGCCCUUUUUCUACCACACGUGGCUCUUCCAGUAUAACAUCUGGCCUGUCAAGGACAACCUCUAGCCCUUUUACUACCACAUCUUCUACUUUUAGUACCACAUCUGGGCUUUCCACAUCUGACUCUCAUAGUACGACAGCUGACUCCUUUACUACCACAUUUGGCCGGACAACAUCUGGCCCUUUUACACCAACAUCUGGUUCUUUCACUACCACAUCUGGCCCAUCAAGUACAACUUCUGGCCUUUCAAGUGCAACAUCUGGCCUGUCAAGGACAACAACUGGCCCGUCAAGGACAACAUCGAGCCUCUCUAGUACAACAUCUAGUCCAUUUACUACAUCUUUCCGACCUUCUUCCACAUCUUCUAAUUUUAGUACCACAUCUGGGUUUUCCACAUCUGCCUCUCCUAGUACAACAUCCAACUCCUUUACUACAACAUUUGGGAAGACAACAUCUGGCCCUUUUACUUCAACAUUUGGCUCAUCCAGCACCACAUCUGGCCCAUCAAGUACAACGUCUGGUCCGUCAAGUUCAACAUCUGGCCCUUUUUCUACCACACGUGGCUCUUCCAGUACAACAUCUGGCCCAUCAAGGACAACCUCUAGCCCUUUUACUACCACGUCUUCUACUUUUAAUACCACAUCUGGGCUUUCCACAUCUGACUCCCGUAGUACAACAGCUGACUCCUUUACUACCACAUUUGGCCAGACAACAUCUGGCCCUUUUAUGCCAACAUCUGGCUCUUUCACUAUCACAUCUGGCCCAUCAAGUACAACAUCUGGCCUUUCAAGUGCAACAUCUGGCCCAUCAAGGACAACAUCUAGCCCUCUUACUACCAUAACUGGCUCUUCAAGAACAACAUCUAGCCGUUUUACUAUCACAUCUGAUCCACCUUCUUCCACAUCUUCUAAUUUUAGUACCACAUCUGGGUUUUCCACAUCUGCCUCUCCUAUACCACAUCUGGGCUUUCCACAUCUGACUCUCAUAUUCUUUCACUACCACAUCUGGCCCAUCAAGUAUAACGUCUGGCCUUUCAAGUGCAACAUCUGGCCUGUCAAGGACAACAACUGGCCCGUCAAGGACAACAUCGAGGCCUCUUACUACCACAACUGGCUCUUCAAGAACAACAUCUAG